AUGCCUGCUCUCAAUGACGAAAAGACCCUGAGAGAGCUACGACCCCGGGUCCUUCUCCAACCGCUUCAUAACAGCAUUCCGUCGGAGUUGCUACCUCGGUUCGACCCGGUCUACGUGGAACACUACAACAAAUACAAUGCUGGGAGGCUACAUACCCAUGAGGUUCCUAUCGAGGAAUUCCGCAAGAACCCCGCCAAGUAUGCCAUCGUCUACGGUCGUGCUCAAGGCCCUGAUAUUUUCCGCAUCACGGAACAGAAAUGUCCUGUGGAAGGAGGCGAGAUAACCAUUCGUAUCUUCGAGCCUGCCCCAAAACUGGAUGAGCAUGGCAAAGCCAAGAAGAGGGCUGCAUAUGUCAACUUUCAUGGGGGAGGCUGGGUGUUUGGCGAUCUCUCAGUUGAUCAUGACUUCUGCAAGACACUCGUCGAUGGCCUGGACGGGCAAUUAGUCGCGUUUGAUGUCGACUACCGUUUAGCUCCUGAGCACAAGUAUCCGAUCCCCGUCGACGACUGCUGGGCCGCUUUCAAUUGGAUCCGCUCCCAGAAAGCAGAGGAGUUCAAUGUUGACCCGGAUCGAAUGGCUGUUGGAGGUUGUUCGGCCGGAGGCCACCUGUCGGCCGUGGUCGCUCAUCUCUGCCGUAAUGCUGGCAUUCCGUUGCGUCUGCAGGUGCUGAACGUGCCCGUAUGUGAUCUACACAGCGGCUACACUCCGGAUGGCGACUUCGAUCGGGAGAACUGUCCCUAUGAAUCCUACAGAGAGAUGGAGUUCACCGCAGCUCUUCCCGUCGCAAGGAUGGCUUAUUUCCACCGUCACUUCUUGGGGGUACCCCGACCAGCACGUUCAGAGGAGGACUGGAAGAUCUCCCCCAUGUUUGCGCCUGACUUUUCUGGACUAGCACCUGCGUUGGUCUUCACCGCCGAAAUGGACCCUCUGCGGGACGAAGGGGAGGGUUACGCUGCCAAAUUGAAAGCUGCCGGUUGUCGAGUGGAGAUGAUGCGUAUGGCAGGAGCUCCCCACACAUUUGCCAUGUUGGAUGGCAUCAUGGAGAGCGGCCGUAUAUACAUUGAGAAGGUUAGUGAAGCGAUGAAACGGGAACUGACAGUUUAA